AUGUUCUUCAUUCCCUUAACUAUCGCAAUCAUUCAUUUUAUCAUUUUAACCAAGAGUCAAGACCCUUUAUCUCUAUCACAAGUAGAAGAGCCCCAAAGAGGGGCUAAUAGACUAAUUACUGCAGUUAGACCAAAAGUGACUACACCAACUUGGAGAAGUAAAAACACAACUCCUCGACCUGGAAAGAGUGAUAAAAAUACUCGGUAUAUUAGGGGAAAUUAA